ACAUCUUGUCUCUUGUCCAUUGUCUAUGGUUGUUUUGAAAACAAAAUUUUUAUUGGGAAGAUAAAAAUAUAUUGAAAAUCUUCAAAUCAAGAUUUAAGAAGGCGUACAAAUAUUUUUAGGUUAUGUUGUUCAGAUACCAAAUACAAUGUCUUCAAGGCAAGAAGAGUUGUCUGAAUUACAGAACUAUAUCAAAGAAGUCGACAAAGAAGUAACAAUGAUAUUACAAAGUCUGCAAUGGGACAGGAAACAAUUACUACAGAGCAAACCAAAGAGAACAUGCAAGUAUGACUCAAACCACAAAGUUCCUCCGGAAAAACUGGAGGAACAUGAAGCCAAAUGUGCUCUUAAAUCCCAGGGCUACGCAGAUGAUGAUAUUUUCCUACCAGAUGUAUUAGACGCUAAUUCUAGUACAGUUUUGAAACUUUCUUCAGAAAAUAUUAAAGAUAUUAUCAACUAUGCUUCCAAGACAAAUCCAGUGUUUAUAAGAGGUGAUGCGAAUGUGGAGUCGGAACCACAGACAGUAGAGCGGCUGCAGGCGACGUACACAACGGACGAGAGACGAGCUAUCUACGAUGUCGUAAUACAUUCCCGACCCUCGUGUGAAGAGCUCGCGGACUUGGCUGUAGGAGAAGCGGGCGGCGCAUCGCAGUCGCAGAGCAGUCGCAAGUCGAAGCUGGAGCAACUGGCGGAAAUGCGCGACAUGAAGCGGCGCCGCGCCAAGUACAGAGUGGCCGUGCGCUCGCGCAACUACUCCAACACUCUGCGCGGAGUUAUCCAGGCACAGAUGGAGAUGUAUGCUGAAGCACAAGGUCACACGAAAUCUAAACCCAGUGAUGAAUCGAAUAUCGAAUCUGAUAAAGAAUAUCGUAAAGUUAAAGAAGAACAUCCAGACAAAUGUUUUGAUAACUUAACAGACAGUAAAACUAAUCAUAGAGAGUCACAUAAAGAUAGAAAAGAUACUUAUGAUGAUAAAGAUAGAAGAAAUAAACCUGACAAUAAAAGAAAACGUGAUUAUGUUGAUGAUAGAAAUACUCGAAAGUUCGACAGAGAUCGAUAUCAAUCUUCCGCGGAAGAAAGAAGAAGACAAUAUGAUAACUAUAGGAGACACGAAAGACAACGGGAUCCUUAUAGAGAAUGCAAUAAAAAUCGACACCAAUCUUCAACAGAAGAAAAAAGUACAAAACAUUAUAGCGAUAGAAGGCAGGAAAAAAAUAGAGAUUCUUAUAGAAUAAAAAUUGAAAAGGACGAAGCAGAAGAUACAAGAUGGCAUUACAACAAUGAUAGCAGGAAUUCAGGAAGAAACAGAGAUACAUAUGAAAAAGAAGAUUCCAAAAAACAUGAUAAAAGUAUAAAUUUAUAUAAUAAUAGGAUUUCUAUAAAAGAAGAAAGAGACAGUUCAAGCUCAAGGGACAGUUGGACAUAUUGCGAGAGUGAAAGAGAGGAGAGAUAUAAGGAUAGAUUGAGUUCUCGGUAUACAUAGAAAUGAUAAUGAACAUAAACCUUAUGAUAAAAUCAAUAUAAGAACAAGAAAGAGAGCAUUCAAACCAUAGAAAAAAACAAAGAUUUAGUAAAUUUUUAUUUUAUAAAUUAAAACUAUACCUAAAAUAUGUUCACAGAAAUCUUCAACUGCAGUGUUGAUAGAAGUUCUAUGAAAAUAAAGGAUGAUUUUGGAUUAAAAAAUUAAGUUUAGGAAGAUUUUGUUUUCGUAUUUAGUAUAUGGGGUAAACUUUAGACUAUUCGCUUUAAGUUUCUGGAAAAUAAAGUAAUAUGACAUUAAAUUA